UUAAAAAUUUAAAGGCACAGCGCAGCACAAGAAGAGAGAGAGUGUAUUUUCGUGGUCUCAAUUGAGCUGAUCUUAGAGAACUGUUUCUCUAAUAACUGAAUUCAAAAACCCCAAACCAACCUAGAUUUUUAUCUUUUUGUGUAGUUUUUUCUGAUUUUUUCUUUUUGUUUUGAGCUCAUAAGAAGCUCUUGUCCGUGGUUUUUGUCGGAUUCGUUGACUGGAACGAUUAGUUUAGGGUUUGAAGGCUCUGAUUCUGUGGAAAAAUGGGGAGUAGAAAGGAAGAAGAACGUAAUGAGAAGAUUAUUAGAGGUCUCAUGAAGUUGCCACCUAAUCGUCGCUGCAUCAACUGCAAUAGCUUGGGUCCACAGUAUGUAUGUACUAAUUUCUGGACUUUCAUUUGUAUGACUUGUAGUGGGAUACAUCGCGAGUUCACUCAUCGGGUGAAGUCUGUGUCCAUGUCAAAGUUCACAUCUCAAGAAGUUGAAGCACUUCAAAAUGGUGGUAAUCAGCGUGCAAGGGAAAUAUACUUGAGGGAAUGGGACCAACAACGGCAGAGAUUGCCUGAUAACAGUAAUGUUGAUAAAGUGCGAGAAUUUAUAAAGACUGUCUAUGUUGACAAGAGAUAUGCUGGCGGAAAGACCCAUGAUAAGCCUCCUAGGGACUUGCAGAGGAUGAGAAGCCAUGAAGAUGAGACAAGGCGUGCAAGCUCCUAUCAUUCUUACUCCCAAAGUCCUCCUUACGACUUUCAGUAUGAAGAUCGACUUUACGGAAAGCAAGCUGCUACUCUCACCCGAAAACCUGGUUCAGAUCGAGGCAUUUACGUUGGCAAGAUGUCUAGUUUCAUUUGUAGUCCUACUCGCUUAAAUGAAAGAAUGUUUGAAGACAGGUUCGCAAAUGAAGGCUCUGUUUCUAGGGUAUCGGACUAUUCUAUGUCGAGUGGGGGUGAUCUGGUCAGUGCAGAAUCUCCAAAUUUUCAGAAGGACAUUGGCUAUACCAGUCCACCUAUCCAGACUCCAAGGAAUACUUUUGGCGAAGAUGCACAACAUCAAAGAAUAGAUCUAUUUUCAGAGGCAAACUUUAAGAAAGAAGCACAAGGGAUUCCCCAUCCUCAGGUCAUGUUUCUGAGAACGGCAUCUUUGGGAAGCACUGGAUCAUUUGAUAGAAAGUCCAUAUCUAUCAAGCCAUAUAAUUCAGGUAGUUUACCAGAUAUUGUCUCUGAGCCCGAGCAACCUGUUGGGUCUACUUUUCCGCAGCAACCCGUCUCUGGGAGUUAUGGUAACGUGGAUCAUUGCAAGGCACCUAUUGAUCAAGAAUCAAAUGCUUCUGCAGCUUCACCAAUUGAUUUGUUUCAGAUGCCAGCAACAUCACCAGUAUCAUCAAUCAAUUUGUUUCAGGAACCCCCAGUAAAUCCAGCUCCAUCUACUACCCAAACUUCUCUGCCCGCUUCUCUUGACCUCUUUGAUGGAAUUGCUCAGCAGCGGCCAGUUGCUAGUUUGGACCAAAAUUCAGUAGAGUCAUCAGCCCCUAAAAAUGAAGGGUGGGCUACUUUUGAUAUCCAGCUCACAGCCUCUGCACCAGGGACUGGAAGUCUUAUGCCUUCAGUGAUACCUUCAAGUGUAGGCUCUUCAGCAAUGUUUGACCAGCUUUCAUCACUUUCAUCGUUAGAUACAAGUAUGCAGUGGCCACCAUUUCAGAACUCUAGCAGCCAAGGGUCACCAUCAGUGUCUGAUCUGUGGAACAAAGGUUUGCAUGAUGUUCAAGCUCCUGGUAACACUGGUAGUUCUCAGAUGUGGAAUGCUUUUGAAAAUUAUAUUCCUCAUAUUCCUUUAGAGGGCUCUAAUCAAGGUAGUCAAUCACAAGUAGCAGCACACUUGCCUUCAACUGCUGACCAGUAUAUGGGAUUGAAGGCUCCAGAGGACUCCAGUAAAGAUAGAAUUGAAAGAGCUGGUCCUUAUGGAGGACCCUCUGUUCUGAAUGGACCAUCGGAUAUUGUCCUAGGGGCAUCAUAUACUCCUCCAAUGUGUCCAAUUAUGGAAGCAUCUCAAUCACAUGCUACCAAUCACAAAUCAAUUAACCCAUUUGAUCUUCCAUAUGAUUCUAAUAUGGAUCCAGGCAAUAUGUUCUUGGACAUGAGCUCUUUGCAAGCUGCACUGCCUAAUAACCAUAUGCCAUCAACCUUCCUUGGAGGUGUUGCAGAACCUUGGUUUCCUCAAGAUCCUGUAACAACUUAUAUUCCAGCUGCACCUCAAGGUGGCUUGGCAUAUAUGGCAGGACAAACACCAAGUCCUCAAUUAGCGAAUAUCCAAACACAAGGACCUGUUGCUUCUGUUGGAGGGAAUCCAUUUGCUUGAAUGAUUCAGCCAU